AUGGCUACAAAUACGAGGAAGAAGGUGGUUGUCGUGGGGCUAGGAAUGGUGGGCAUCAGCUUCAUAGAGAAACUGCUGAAGCUUGACGCCAGAGCGCGAGAUUACGACAUUGUAGUGUUUGGCGAGGAGGAGCACCUGGCAUAUAAUCGGGUGGGCCUGACGACAUAUUUCGGGCAUCGACAAGCAGAGAAGCUGUACCUGAACCGACGAGAUUGGUACGAAAGCAUCGCAGACGGGGCGCUGCGGUACCACACGAGCAAGCGUGUAGCAGCGAUCGACACGGAGAGUAAGACGGUGAUGUGCGAGGACGGAAGUGCAGAGGGAUACGACAUCUUGGUGCUGGCGACAGGGUCGGAUGCGGUGCUUCCUCGACAAACGCCGGGACACGACGCACAGGGAGUGUUUGUAUACCGCAAUAUUGCCGACCUGGAGAAGCUCAUCAGGUAUGAGAGCAGCGGCGUGGGAGCGGUAGUGGGCGGAGGGCUGUUGGGGCUGGAGGCAGCCAAGGCGAUGAUAGACUUGGGGCGGUUCGACAAGGUGGUGGUGAUCGAGCGGAAUAGCUGGGUUCUGAGCCGGCAGCUGGACGACGAGGGAGGCGGGAUGGUGGUGGAGAGUGUGCAGAAAUUGGGAGUGGAGGUGCUUUUGCGCAAACGCGUGAAAAUUGUGUUGACAGAGGGAAUUGAAGGGGAAGGGGGAGAGUCGAAGCGGGUGAUAGGCGUGCAGUUUGAAGAUGGCGAGAAGCUGGCGCUGUCGACGGUAUGCUUUGCGAUCGGGGUGCGACCACGAGACGAGCUGGCGCGAGCAGCUGGAAUCGAAUGCGCAGAACGAAGCAGCGGUGGUGUGGUGGUGGGCGACGACCUGCAGACGAGUGCAGCAGAUGUGUAUGCGGUGGGAGAGUGUGCCAGUUGGCACGGGCAGACGUUUGGGCUGAUCGGGCCGGGCGUGGAGAUGGCGGAUGUGCUGGCCUUCAACCUGACGCAGGCAAAGCUGCACAAAGUGCGGAGCUUCAGGCGACCGGAUCUGAGCACACGACUGAAGCUGUUGGGAGUCGAGGUGGCGAGCUUUGGCGACUUCUUUGCAGACCGAGACGGGCCGAUGGGACUGCCGGCGAAGGCGAAGAGAGGCAAGGCCGGCGGGGAGGCCAGAGCAGCAGCAGGAACGGCAGCGGUGAAAGCGCUGACAUACAAGGAUCCGUUUCGGGGCAUCUACAAGAAGUACAUCUUCACGGCAGACGGUCGCUUUCUGCUGGGCGGAAUGAUGAUUGGCGACACGAGUGACUACGUCCGGCUGGUGGCGAUGGUGACGAAGCAGAAGGAGCUGGACCGAGCGCCGGGCGAGCUGAUCGUGGGAGCCAGAGCGAGCGAUGAGGCCGGAGCGAACGAGCUGGACGACGAGACACAGAUCUGCUCGUGCCACAACGUGAGCAAGGGCGCAGUGGUGGCGGCGGUGCGCGACGGCGGCUGCACGAGCCUGGGGGCAGUCAAGGCGUGCACGAAGGCGGGCACGGGCUGCGGUGGGUGCGUGCCGCUGGUGACGAGCAUCUUUCGGACGGCGAUGGCGGCGCUGGGAAACGAGGUAUCGCAGGAUGUGUGCGCGCACUUCCGCCACAGUCGUGCGGACCUGUACCACAUUGUGGCGGUGCGCGGUCUCAAGACGCUGGCCGAGGUGAUGGCGGCAGCCGGGGUUCGGGCCGACAGUGUCGGCUGCGAGGUGUGUCGGCCGGUGGUGGGCAGCAUUCUGGCGAGCCAGUGGAACGGUCACGUGAUGCGAGGACCAACCCAAGCGUUGCAAGACACCAACGACCGCUGGCUCGGCAACAUGCAGCGCGACGGGACGUUCAGCGUGGUGCCGCGGGUAGCCGCAGGCGAGAUCACGCCGGCGCGGCUGGUCGUUCUCGGCGAGGUGGCCCGCGACUUUGGGCUGUAUGCCAAGAUUACGGGCGGCCAGCGGAUCGACCUGUUUGGAGCGCGGCGGCCAGACCUGCCGGCGAUCUGGCAGCGGCUCGUCGACGCCGGCAUGGAGAGCGGUCACGCGUACGCCAAGAGCCUGCGGACGGUCAAGAGCUGCGUGGGCACGACGUGGUGUCGGUACGGCGUGGGCGAUGCCGUCGGCCUGGCUGUCCGGCUAGAGGAACGCUUCGGUCUCAUCGCUACGGAAAAAGGCUUCAACAUUUACGUCGGCGGCAACGGCGGGGCGACACCGCGUCACGCCGAGCUGUUGGCCCGCGACGUGGCGCCGGCCGACGUGGUUCCGAUCCUGGACCGGUACCUGGCGCUGUACAUCCGGACGGCCGACCGGCUGCAGCGCACGGCACGCUGGAUCGAGGCGUUGCCGGGCGGCGUGGCCUACCUGCGCGACGUGAUCGUGCACGACCGGCUGGGCCUAGCGGCCGAGCUGGAGGCACAGAUGGCCGAGCUGGUCGGGUCCUUCUUUGACGAGUGGGCCGAGGCGCUACGGGAUCCAGCGCUGCUGGCGCGAUUCCGCCAGUUUGCCAACACGGAAGAGAGGCUGGCGGGCGAGGCAGAGCGAGAGACGGAGCGCCAGCAAGAGCGGCCAGUGUUUGAGAAGAGGGGGAUGGAGGUGGAGGUGGAGGUGGAGGUGGAUGGUGGGAGGGUCGAAAAGGACCCGAAAAAGGACCCAAGAAAGGACCCAAGAAAGGACCCAAGAAAGGGCCUAAAAGACCCGGAAAAGGACAGGGACUUUGCUGCGCUCACCAACAGCUGGUCCACCCUCGCAUGGCAGCCGGUCCUCGACGUGGCCACAUUCGAUCGCCAGACCGGCACGGCCUCGACCUCCUCGACAACCGAUGUGGCCGCCACGACCGUCAAGCUCGGCGACACCCAGCUGGCCCUCUUCCGGGUGCGCGGCCACUACUACGCCACCCAGCAGAUGUGUCCGCACAAGCGGGCGUUUGUCCUGUCGGACGGGCUGAUCGGCGACGACCCCACCGACCGCCAGCAGCCCUGGGUCUCGUGUCCGCUGCACAAGCGUAACUUUGACCUCGGCUCGGGCGCCUGUCGCAGCGACCCGGCCAGCGGGCUCAGCCUGGCCACGUUUGCUGUCCGGGUGGAACCGGAACCGAAACCGGAACAGGAGAAACAGACCAUCGCCAUCUGCCUGCCGCCACCAGCUGAGCUGGACGCUGCUCUCGGCACAGCCCGCUGGCGACUGCGCGCCGGCGAGGCUGGCCCGCCACAGCUGGCCGAACUCGACCGCCGACUGCAGCCAAGUCUGGUCGGCCGGCGGGCCAGCAAGACGAUAGACCGACGGCCAGCUGCACCAAUCACAGCAGGCGGCGGACUCGACUGGUAG